CCGCCAGUCGUGACUCCGAGACUCCAUAGCACUCCGCAGCAGCAGUGAGAAGCAAUCAUUCGUAAUUGAACUGUUGACUGGUGUGAACGCGUCUCUCGUUCGGUGUGCGGUGUGUCUGCUCUGUCUGCUCUGUGAUAGUGAUAGUGAUCUAGUCACGGUGCAACGGUAACAGUGUGGGAGGUUUUCAGAAAUUCCCAGCGAAGCUAGAGAUCAACAGAUAAUUUUUUAUAGUUGUUCAGUAGAGUGUACGGUGCGGUGUGGGCUGAGUUACAAACGGCAGUUUGCGAUUUCGAAGAUUCUCUACAGGAAGAAAGGAGGAAAAGCUGACACUUGGAUAAGUGCUAAAUAAAUCAACACGCACGUAACAGCGUUGAAUCAGUGAGGAACGGGUCGAGAGCUCCGGAGAUUUACAUUCAAGAUGCAUUUAUCAAAAACCGCCUAUCUAACAGUACUCCUAUGCCUGGCGGCGACGGUCACAUCCGUCCUCUCGCAGGACAACAGUCGGAACAAUCUGCUGCUGCGACGGGGCAACAUCGGCCGACAGAACCCGCUGGCCAAGACAACCACCACGACGCCUCCGCCCGAAUACGCUGAUGACGAGUAUGUGGACGAAGAAGGUGAACACGUCGAGGGCGAGGAAGGUGACGAGCCUGCCGGGCAUCAACCAGUGACCACAACCACCACCACCACUGAGAAGCCGAAGAACAUCCGGCCCAGCAUUCGUCCGUUCCGCAGCAACGAUGACCUUCUGUCGGCACUGAAGAAACGCCGCAUGGAAUCCAAAAAUCAAAAACCAGCUCCACCAAAAGAGAAGGUGUACGACGACGAAGACAUCCCUGCCGCCGCUCCCGCCAAAGCAGCCAAGUCCCCCUCAAUCGUUCCGAAAGGGCGCCGCUUCGGCUCAGCCCGGAAGGAACCCGAGCAGAACGCAUCGCCUUCGGAGCAGAGCGAGCAGACCAACAACGGAAAUGACAACAGUAGCGGCAAAUCGCUCACCAGUCGCCUCGGACGGUCCCGGUUCGCGCUGAAACAAUAGGAUGGCUAGCUUGUAGGAUGUUAAUUUUUUUUGUUUCCUCUAAGUUCUCUCUGUCAAAAAAACUUUUUUCUCGUUGAAUACCGCUCAUACGUGCCCACGCCCACACAAACAAACAAACAAUACAGGACAGAGCACAUAAUACGCAGUUAGGAAAUCCCUCCCUUUCUACUUCCAAGUUCUUCCGAACCAAUAAAGUGCAUUUUCUGAUUGUUUCUUUUUUUCUUUAUGAAAUGUAUUUUAAGAGAUUCUGAGCUAGGUAGAGACUUUUUUUACGUGUGUCUAGGAGAACAGUGAAUAUCAUGAAAUGCAAAAUUAGCAGUGCAUUGUGCAAGAGAAUACACAUACACAAACAUUGUUCUCCCGUAUCGUCCUAUUAUUCGAACACAUUGUAAAGUAAUAGUAUGAAAUAAAGAAGGUCGAAAAUU